GCAGCCGGGGGCUCGGCGCGCGGGCGCUACGCGGGGGGGCAUCGGGGCGCGCCGGGCCGGGCGCCGCCGCCUGGGUCGCUCGGCCGAGCGGGCGCGGACAUCAUGUACGGGUUCGUGAAUCACGCGCUGGAGCUGCUGGUGAUCCGCAACUACGGCCCGGAGGUGUGGGAGGACAUCAAAAGAGAGGCACAGUUAGAUGAAGAAGGGCAGUUUCUUGUCCGAAUAAUAUACGAAGAUUCUAAAACAUAUGAUCUGGUUGCUGCCGCAAGCAAAGUCCUCAAUCUCAAUGCUGGAGAAAUCCUCCAAAUGUUUGGGAAGAUGUUUUUCGUCUUUUGUCAAGAAUCUGGUUAUGACACAAUCCUGCGUGUGCUGGGAUCUAAUGUCAGAGAAUUUCUGCAGAACCUCGACGCCCUGCACGACCACCUCGCUACCAUCUACCCGGGUAUGCGGGCGCCUUCCUUUAGGUGCACCGACGCAGAGAAGGGCAAAGGGCUCAUCCUGCACUACUACUCAGAGAGGGAAGGCCUGCAGGACAUCGUCAUCGGGAUCAUUAAGACGGUAGCUCAGCAGAUUCACGACACUGAAAUAGACAUGAAGGUUAUUCAGCAAAGAAACGAAGAAUGUGAUCAUACUCAAUUUUUGAUUGAAGAAAAAGAGUCAAAAGAAGAGGAUUUUUAUGAAGAUCUUGACAGAUUUGAAGAAAAUGGUACCCAGGAAUCACGCAUCAGCCCAUAUACCUUCUGCAAAGCUUUUCCCUUUCACAUCAUAUUCAACCGGGAUCUCGUGGUCACUCAGUGUGGCAAUGCCAUCUACAGAGUCCUUCCCCAGCUCCAGCCUGGGACCUGCAACCUCCUGUCUGUCUUCUCCCUGGUCCGUCCUCAUAUUGACAUCAGUUUCCAUGGGAUCCUCUCACACAUCAAUACGGUCUUCGUGUUGAGAAGCAAGGAAGGGUUGUUGGAUGUAGAGAAAUCAGAGUGUGAGGAUGAACUGACGGGCACUGAGAUCAGCUGCUUACGGCUCAAGGGCCAGAUGAUCUACUUACCUGAAGCAGACAGCAUACUUUUCCUGUGCUCACCAAGUGUCAUGAACCUGGACGACCUGACCCGGCGAGGGCUGUACCUGAGCGACAUCCCCCUGCACGAUGCCACGCGGGACCUCGUGCUGCUGGGGGAGCAGUUCCGAGAGGAGUACAAGCUGACCCAGGAGCUGGAAAUCCUCACGGACAGGCUGCAGCUCACAUUGCGUGCUCUGGAAGAUGAAAAGAAGAAGACAGAUACGUUGCUGUACUCUGUCCUUCCUCCGUCCGUGGCCAACGAGCUGAGGCACAAGCGUCCGGUGCCCGCGAAGAGGUACGACAACGUGACCAUCCUCUUCAGCGGCAUCGUGGGCUUCAACACCUUCUGCAGCAAGCAUGCGUCUGGGGAAGGGGCCAUGAAGAUUGUCAACCUCCUCAACGACCUCUAUACCAGAUUCGACACUCUGACAGAUUCCCGGAAAAAUCCAUUUGUUUAUAAGGUGGAAACGGUUGGUGAUAAGUACAUGACGGUGAGUGGGUUACCAGAGCCCUGCAUCCACCACGCACGUUCCAUUUGCCACCUGGCUUUGGACAUGAUGGAAAUUGCUGGCCAGGUCCAGGUAGAUGGUGAAUCUGUUCAGAUAACCAUAGGGAUUCACACAGGGGAGGUAGUCACGGGUGUCAUAGGACAGAGGAUGCCUCGCUAUUGUCUUUUUGGAAAUACUGUCAACCUCACAAGCCGAACAGAAACCACUGGACAAAAAGGAAAAAUAAAUGUGUCUGAAUAUACAUACAGCCAUACUCCACGCUUCUCUCCCUGUUCCCUGUUCCCUGUCCCCUUUAGAUGUCUCAUGACACCAGAAAAUUCAGACCCACAAUUCCAUUUGGAGCACAGAGGCCCAGUGUCCAUGAAGGGCAAAAAAGAGCCAAUGCAAGUUUGGUUUCUAUCCAGAAAAAUUACAGGAACAGAGGAAACAAAGCAGGAUGACAACUGAAUCUUGGACCUUGAGGUGAAGAGGACGGGGUGAGAUCCAGUCUUCCCCUAACUCAUGCCAGGCCUGGGAGCAGUCACUCCCUCGGUCCUUUUCCAUUUCCCCAAGCCUUUCUCCUAGUUAUCUCUUUCCUUAUUCAUUAUUCAGCUUUAGCUCUGCUUUUGAGUAUUUUCAAGGUUUAGUAUAUUAUCUGAGGUUUGGCUUCAUGUGGGUGAUGUGAGCUUCACGUGUCUUAAAAUCUACUACAAGCAUCACCUAAUGUGGUGACUUGCAAGUAGUAGGCACCCAAUAAAUAUUUGUUGAAUUUAAUUAAAUGAAACAGAACAGUAUUUGGCCAUGUGUCUAUAUAUAUAUUAUACACACACACACACACACACACAUACACACACACACCAUGGUUUUCCAAAUCUGUUCAGUGCUCUCUCUCUAUAUAUGCAUAUGUGUAUUUUAAUGACUAUAACAUAUAAAAAUUUUAUCAUGUUGGUGUAUAUCAUUAUAGAAAUCAUUUUCUAAAGGAGUGAAUUCAGAAUUUUAGGGAAAAAAUGCAAUUUAUUUUCAGACUCCCCAAAUAAGAAUUAAUAUAUCAUGCUAAGAAAAUACUCACUAUUUUGAAUUAUGCUAACUUUACUUCAGAAAUAGAGAAUACACAUUUCUGUUAUUAAACUAUUGGGUUAUUCAUUCAGAUCACAUGGCAAUUAUAAUUCCUCUAAAAUGCUGUCGUUUGCAUUGUACCCCUUGUAUAAUUAUAAAUCUCACUAAUCCCAUGCAGCUGUUAAAGCCACACUGUUUCACAAUGAGCUAUUGUGUUAGUUUGGGGUAAAUGUUAGGGGCUCUGACCACAUCUAGGGAAAAAGCUGGAAGCAUGGCUGGGGUGUUCCUGUUCGUCAGAGCCCCUCCUGGCCCUUUAUUCCCAGAAAUUAGCUCCUUUUUCUUAGCUUACAAGAAUGUGACUAUAUCCAGGGCAUCAUGUUCAGAAAACUUACUUUAAUUUCGACAUAGAAUGCAUUCCUGUUGGACUCAUUAGCCUGUUGUCCUUCAAUAUCUCUGAUAAUUUAUUAACAUCUAUCUUUAUAAAAUAUAGUACAACUACUUUCGUGUAAAAAUGUUUGUCUUUACAUUUAGCAUUUCCUAUCAGCACAUUGAUAUUUGUAUAAAAUGUUCUGUGUUCAUGUGUAAGAGAUCCUGCAAUAAAUUAUUUUUUCCAC